UUUCCCACUCACUCUCACACCCUCACUUCACUUAUCCCUUGUGCCAGUUUUACUUGCCAAACACUUUGGCUGAGAAAAUGAAGAUCUUCAAUUGGGUGCACAGGAAGUUUAAUCAUAACGUCAUUAAAGAUGGGUUUGCUCGAAAUGUGAAGAAGACUGAAUCCAUUGCGAUUGACACCAACACGAAAGCAUUACUGGAACAAGUAGCCCUGGUGGAUGUGCUUGAUGGCUGGAAAGAUGGAAUUCUAACAAUUGGGACUUUUGGUUUUGAUUCUCUAAAACCAUUCGACCAACCAAAAGAAUAUUUUAUUUUCGAAAGUGAGGCAGAAGAGGAGGAAGGUGAAAAUGAUUUAAUUAACAAUGAUGAUGAUUUUGAUGAAGACAACGACAUUGUUGUUGAAGAUGAAGAAGUGAACCCAUUGAUUUUCACAACAUUUGGACACAAUUUUAAGGACAUUGCAUCUGAUGGUGAUGGAAAUGUUGAGAAACGUCAUGAUGUGAUAAUAACCCUUGAUGGUGUCCCAUUAACUCCAUUUGUUGGUUCCUCUAAUGAACUCAGAUUUGAGAUAGGCAGCAAAGACAGCGAUCAAGGAAAGAAGAGAAGAAGAACAACACUUGCAGACCUGUUCUCAGAAGACUCCGAUAUCAAUUAUAAGAAGACAACUUCCUAUGAAGUGGAGCAAAAUGUGGGUAAAAAACAAUCUGUUCGUACAAAGAAUGGCCUCUCCUUUGCUAAGAAAUUCAUUCCUCAUGUUAAAGAGGAUUCACGUCCCAUCAAGAAAUUACACCAAAUGAUGAGGAGGAUGUUAAAGAGGAAGAUCCAUCCAGAGCUUGAAGGCAAAGCUAAUAAAUCAGAAGGUCAAAACAAGGGUAGCGUUCUUGACCUUCUUGGCAAGAAGAACGAAAAUGUUGAAUCGGUUUCGUUACUUCCGGUUCCAGAUGCUACAGUUUGAGCUUUUGGGUGCAUGUUUGAC